GUCAGCAACACAGAGAGACACUGAUCAGCCCUGCUGCAAGUUAAAUACUGAGCAAAUUCCAGUUAAACCACAUCACAGUUAGAACAUCAUCCCUGAAGCCUCUGUUCCUGCGUGUGUGUUUGUAAAUUCGCUUAUUAGCAAGUGUUGUGUGUCUCUGAAAUAACAGUGAAGUUUGCCUGGCAGAAUGCUGUUACUGAAGUUACACAUCUGUCAUGUUUAAAAGGGACUUCUGCAACAUUUUAUAAAGUAGAACCAAAGCAAUGAUGCUAAGACGAAAUAAAGACAGAAAUGCAUGACUUCAUCUCUUUUAGGGAAAUCAAACCAGCUUAAAAGCUCAGUGGUGUUUAUGUGCGGCAGUGUGCGUAACACACGCUGUAAAGCAGUACCAUCCUGAAGUCCCACCUUGUACAAACAUUCGAUAACCACCUUAAAGGUCUAACCACUGUUAGAUACGGCAGAGAAACAGAGGGGUGGGACGCUCUGAACAUGAGAUAAGGAGUCAGGUGGUACGUUGUGAUUACCUGAGUCAAUAUAACCUGGUGUGAUAACAGCUAAUGCACAGUGGGACUCGUUCAUACCCGGACUAACAAUCCGUUUGCUCAAACUGUUUUUGUAUUUUUCAGUGAUACAAAGGUAAGUGUUCCACUAUGGUUCAAACUUACCUUUACUGAUGUGAGCUAAUGAUGCUGUUUGUGGCUUCAUUUCCAGGUAAUAUCUGGCUUUCAAUACCAGAUUUUCUGCACCACAUUUAUUCAUUGAUUAGUCUUAUUUUGCCAACUACUUCAUCUGAGUGUCAUUUUAUAGUCUGGAUAUUUGGCACAGUCAAAGUUUGAGUCGACCGUCUGACUGGUUAGAUCCUUAUUUGGAACUUAGGUUGCUAAAAUAAAACAUGCAUACAUUAAUAUAAGCAUGCUUUAUGUAAUACAAAUUAAAGGUGCUAAGUAAAUGUAAACUAACAAUGACAGCUACAUAUAAAAGAUACAUUUGAAUAAUUACUUAAUCCAUCAACAUGUCUAAUGGGCCCCAGCCCAGCAAGACUGUCUUAUAUUAUCAAGACUUUCAUAUUAAACGUCAUCAAUUCAUCUCUCUUAAUUCUUGUUCCACCAUUGGCCCACUUAGUCAACUGUCAUUGUGAAUUCAGAUGAUAACUUGUGAUUUCACAGAAAACAGGUCUGCAUCUUCUAUUUCCAGGCCUCACUCGUGUAAUUCUAGCCACUGUCACCACAUCAUUAAGCAAAACACAGCUCACUACGUUUGACGACUGUGUCUUCCCUUUAAAAAUGGUGAUAUAAGUGAAAGGCUAUGUUCUGAUUCACAGCCUCCUCCUGCCAUCACAUCAACACGAUGCCUCAUCGCAGCUGUUCUGUUGAGAUUAACAACAACUCCGGCUACUACACUCUGGCCAAUCCAAGGGCUUUCAGUGAGAGUGGCAAAUGCGAGGUCCCUUUGCCACCCAUGGUAGGUCCCUGCUCUGAAGCCAGUGCACUGUUCAACAAAGUCACUGGCAGUGCAACUGGAGCAGUUGGAGUCUUCACCUAUGACCUUGUCAACCCUGACAUGAACGACUAUAGCCACAUCAUGGCUGUCAUGUUCUCCGUGCCGUAUGAUCGAAGCCUCUACUCCAACUGGUUUGCCGUGGGGAUCUUUGACAAAGGAACCGACUGUGACUAUAAUCUUUAUGACAUCAUGUAUAAUGGGAGUGAAAAUAGUUUCGUAAGAGCCAAGGCUGACGGGUCCUGCAUUUCUUAUGAAGGUGACUACGUUAUUGUCAGUGCCUCCAUGUCUGAUUCAGGUGAAGCAGUCCUGAGGGUGGAUGUCAAUGACACAGGGAUGUACUAACACAACAGACGCAAGAUGUUACACAAGUAAAACAAUCACUGGCAUCCCACUACGUAUCUGCAAGGGUCAAUCAACUGGUAAAACUGGUCACUUGCUAAAGUGCUGAUUUCAGUGUAAACGAGUGCAUGCCGUUGUAUACUCAAGAGUGCUUUCUCUAGACUGAUUCAUGAAAGAUUUGUAUGUAUCAAAAACAGGUUUUCUUUGUAACCAGUGUAUAACGUAACAAUAAAUCUAAACCUUUACCUGA